AUGUCCGAAGAUAACCUGACAGCAGUGUUGCAUAAAGUGGAAGAUCUUAGGCUGGAACAACGGGAAAUACCAACCAUCAGCGACAAUGAUGUGCUCGUCAAAGUCGACUGUGUGGGUAUUUGUGGAUCCGACGUUCAUUACAUGACCCGUGGUUUCAUCGGAGAUUUUGUUCUAAAAGAGCCCAUGAUCAUAGGCCAUGAAGGCUCCGGAGUCAUUGCUAAAGUUGGUAAAAAUGUGAAGAACUUAGCCGUAGACGAUCGUGUGGCUAUGGAACCAGCAGUUCCCUGCAGAUAUUGCCAAUUUUGCAAAGAAGGACGUUAUAAUUUAUGUCCUGAUAUUGAAUGCCUGGCAACACCUCCUUACCAUGGAAAUUUAACCAGAUACCAUAAACAUGCUGCUGAUUUUUGUCACAAAUUGCCUGACCACGUCACCAUGGAAGAAGGUUCCCUUCUAGAACCCCUUUCAGUAGGCGUACACGCUUGCAGAAGGGCCGAAGUUGGAAUUGCCUCCAAUGUUUUGAUUUUAGGCUCUGGACCAAUUGGCCUUGUAAGUUUGGCCGCAGCUAAAGCUAUGGGAGCUUCUAAAGUCUUGGUCGUAGAUAUCCUUGAAGGAAGAUUAGAAUUCGCAAAGAAAUUAGGAGCUGAUCAUGUAUUGCGCGUUGAGAAAAAUGCAGAUGAACGCGAAGUGGUUCAGCAAAUUCAUAAAAUAAUGGGAGUUAAACCUGACAAAGCUGUAGAUUGCAUGGGAAAUGAAUUUACUACUAGAAUUUCAAUUUUGGCAACAAAAACUGGAGGAGUUGCAGUAAUAGUUGGCAUGGGAGCUUCAGAAGUUAAAGUUCCUUUAAUCGAUGCUUUAGCCCGAGAAGUGGACAUUAGAGGAGUCUUCCGUUAUUGCAAUGACUAUCCCCUUGCUCUGGACUUGGUGGCUAGUGGCAAAGUUAACCUGAAAGCAAUGGUGACAAAUCAUUUUGCCUUAGAGGAAACCAAGGAAGCAUUUGCUUUGGCAAAACGAUCUGAAGCAAACGUUAUCAAAAUUAUGAUUCACUGUCAGGCAAGAGAUGCUAAUAACAAAGCGCCUUUUAAAGCUUAAUGAUAAGGUUAAUUUUUUAUUUUUGCA